UUGCAUUCCCCCUCAGUCUGUAAGAUCCUCAGACUGGGAAAAGAACUCGUGUCGGACAUUUCUCUUACCAGGCAGUACUUUGUUUUUCGGUUCUGUCGUUCUUUUUGCUGUCUUUCUUUCACUCAAGCUGGUCGUCGCAACUAAGUGCCCGUCCACACUGUGGUUACGACAGGCCAAUGCCGUCCCGCUCCAGCCGUCCAUGGCGCCGCUCGGAGCAGGCCAUUCUUCAAAGUGUCAGGAGGACGAGGCUUUUUUGAUGGGCCUUUCUAGAUGACCUUCACUCUCACCACUGCCUCUGAUGAUGACCCUUCUGGGCCACAUAGGCUUCAUAGCGCUGUACUGCGUCCUGUGUCUGGUCAUGCCGACGCUCUUGCGUGGAGAGUUCACGCUGGCCUAUGUGCGCGAGCACAGCCUCUUCAUCUGCGUGUGCACACAGGACCUGGUAGCAUGCAGCGUCAUCAAUUCCAGCGAGUGUGACUGCGUUGACCACCCGCUCUCCACGCCACAGCAGCAGGCUCAUGGACCCAGUACAGUGCAAUACAAGCGGUUGACUGUGUGGUACACGUCACCACUCAACGUGGCGCGGCUGCUGAACAACUCAGAUGUUCGGCACCUGGUGCUGGUCAAGUGUGACCCGACCGAGGACAAGCUGCCACCCCUCGACCACUUCGUUGUGCGGAGGCUGGAGAGGCUGAGUGUGUCAUAUCCAUUCUGGAGGCCUGGACAGAUCCAUGACGUGGUGCUGGGGAGGGACAUGGGCGCACAGUACCAUGAGGAAGCGAGGAUAGCUGUCAUUCACACGACUGUGUUGGUGGGGAAGGCCGGGCUUAAAGCCUACACAGUGAAAACUGAGGUGGACAGCAAGGGUACGAUGUCCUUUCCCAACGUUUUCAUGUCUCCUGAAGGGCUUCCAGAGAUGGCCAGCAUGUUUGUAACUUUUGUCUACUGAGUGGCAUUUGGGUGUCAGCGUUCUUGGAGCUGACUUUCCUCCCUCUCUUGUGUUUCAUGUUCAUGGUUUGUGUGAGUUUUGGGCAAAGAUUCUCGGGAUAUUAGAGGAUGGACAGAUGGUGGACAUUAUUAAUUUAUACACAUUUUUUACAGGGGGUGGGUGAGGAGGGGGAUGUUGGACAAGUACUCAGUCAGUUUUGUUUUUUAUUUAAUAUAUGUCCAGUGCACACAUCCACUUUAAAUUUAAAUAUGUCUUUUGUCUUAAUCAAUAAAACCCUAUAUGUAUUGAAAAUA